GGUGGAGGGUCAUGCGCCCUGGACACCCCCGGGGAAGGACGCUGGGCUCGGCUGAGCUGCCCACCUCUCUCCUCUUUCUUUGAGAGGUGAAAACGCCUCCAACCUCAGUAGCCUCGCGUCUGACUUGCUGCAGAGUCACUUGGCUGCUUAAGGCGAGACCGGAACUGGGCGCGAUCUUUGUAGGUUUCUCACUGCUCUGCGGCCUGGGUUUCUGCCCCAACCCUCGUCGGGUAAAGUCUUAGGGCGCCGCCCCUUGCACUUUGCUCGUGGGCUUUCUACAACUUCAGUACCGAAGGCACAUGCUAUGUGCUGUCCCUGAGCUGUCCGAAUGCCUCCCAGGCUUGGUGUGAGAUCACACAUGUGUCACAGCUGCUGGCCUCUCCUGUCCUCUACAUGGACCUGAAUUCCAGCAUAACCAACCUGAGCGUUUCUACAGAGAACAAAUACAGCCUUUAUAUAGGCCUGGUACUGGCAAUAAGUUCCAGUAUUUUUAUUGGCUCCAGUUUCAUCUUGAAAAAAAAGGGCCUCUUGCAACUGGCCAAAAAGGGUGUCACUAGAGCUGGACAAGGUGGACAUUCUUACCUCAAGGAAUGGCUCUGGUGGGCAGGAUUACUCUCAAUGGGAGCAGGAGAGGUUGUGAAUUUUGCAGCUUAUGCUUUUGCUCCUGCCACUCUGGUCACCUCACUGGGCGCGCUGAGUGUUCUUGUAAGUGCAAUAUUGUCUUCCUACUUUUUAAAUGAGCAAUUGAACAUUCAUGGGAAAAUAGGCUGUAUAUUAAGUAUAUUGGGAUCAACUGUGAUGGUUAUCCAUGCCCCACAAGAAGAGAAAGUUGCUACUCUGCAUGAAAUGGAAAUGAAAUUGAGAGACCCAGGAUUUAUCUGCUUUGCUGUGAUCAUAACUGUGAUCUCCUUGGUACUAAUUUUGAUUGUGGCACCCAAGAAAGGACAGACCAAUAUAUUGGUCUACAUAUCAAUCUGUUCAUUGAUUGGAGCAUUUUCAGUUUCCUCCGUCAAGGGCCUGGGCAUUGCCAUUAAGGAACUACUGGAAUGGAAGCCCGUUUAUAAGCAUCCUCUGGUCUUCGUUUUGUUGGCUGUACUUGUGCUUUCGGUGACGACACAGAUCAACUAUCUCAACAAGGCGCUGGACAUCUUUAAUACAUCUCUUGUGACUCCCAUUUAUUACGUGUUGUUCACAUCCAUGGUAGUGACUUGCUCUGCCAUCUUAUUUCAAGAAUGGUAUGGCAUGAAUGCUGGAGAUGUCAUCGGGACUUUGAGUGGGUUCUUCACCAUCAUCAAUGGCAUCUUCCUUCUACAUGCUUUUAAAAACAUUGACAUUACCUGGAGUGACCUGACAUCCACUACUCGGAAAGAAGUCCUCUCUGCGAAUGGCAGUGAAGACAAAUACGUCUUACUAGAGAACACAGACUAUUCAGUCCCAGGAUUCGAUGAUGACAUUACCUUGUAUAGCAGGACUAGUCAAAAUCCCUAGAAACCUGGACUUUAACCACCAGAAGACACUUGGAGAGGAGAAGGAAUACCUGAUUCUUGAAAGAAAUAUUAGGAAAGCUGGCAUUUUUAAAGUUCUAACUAAUAAUGUAGACAUGAGGCCAAAUAAAAAUGCCUGCACUUUUGGCCAUCACAUUUGAAAAAUCAAAGUUUUGGUCCUUCUCCAGAAGACUUCUGCUGUUUUUCAUUUCUGCAAACUUGAAAUACUGCCUAAGCAUGAAAGAAGUCAAAGAAUUAGAUAACUCUCAGAACAAUCUCUUUCUUCUGGUCACAGUGUGUUUGACUUUGCCAGGUGGCUCUUGAUUUCUUUGGCUGCUAUUCUUAGUCUCUCAGUAAUUCAUAGGUACACUCAACUGUAUACUGAUAAGCAGAAUAUCAGUCAUCACUCUCUAAUGAGUCAUAAUUUCAAAUUAUUAAGACUGAGAAGCGAGAUCACUGAUGCUUCCCCUCACCCUACAGCUUCCUUCUUUCUAAGUAGCUGAAGGGAAGGUGUUAAAGAACAUGCACAUGCUCGGCAGUAUGCUACAUGUGCCCAUGAAGGGCUUAUAAGCUGUGAUUUAUUGAUACAUCAUAGAGGUUUAUUAACAAUUAAAAUGGGAGAAUGGAAGAGAGAAAUACUUAAUUACCUUAGGUAAAUGAAACUAUUUUUCCUUUUCACAAAAACAAAUACAUAUGAUUAUGUUCAUGGGUUCUUUUAAUUCAGACCUGAACAACAUAGGACACAAUUGAGUUUCUGAAGAAGUACAAGUGAUUUCGGCUUUGGAGUUCUUUAUAUUCAUUUUGUUCUCUACUUUUAUUAUUAUUAUCCCAAAUGUCAUUUUUCUUUUUGAUGUAGAGCCUUUCAAAGAGUAAGUACAUUGUUUUAGCAUUAUAUUGUACACUUAAAUUUUUCUCAAAGGUUUAAUCCCCAAAGGGUGGGUUUUCCACAAACUAGAAACAAGUAGAAAAAUCUUUAUGAAAGACCUGAAUGAGUUAUCAUAAUUGUCCUCUUGAAAUCUGGCAUUUUCACCUUUAUUAAGGAAAUUAUAAUUGGUUACUAACAUUUUUUAAAAUAUGCAUAUCCUACCACAAUAAGUGGUAGAUUGUCUUUUUCUGUUGAAUUUCAUCCUGGUCAUGCUUUCCAUACAUUUUAUUGUAAUUAUCUGGGGAGAAUAGGAAGGUGGGUUAACUUCUUAGAAAACAAAAUACUAAGACCUCAGGGACUAGUACAGGGAAAUAUAUUUUCAUGUUAAAGCCUGCAUAAAAUUUUCUUAUCUCACUCCAAGUGCAUGGGAGAAGUAACAAUUUUGGUGGUCUUUACUGUUUAUGGGUAGAUUACUCAUCACUCAUUGAUUUAAUGGAAAAGAAAUUAGCUAUAUUAUUUCUAGACCAAAGGUAUUUCUCUCAAAAAAAAUUCUAACCCCAAAAUUAUGACAUUAAAAACAAACAAAAAAACCUUCAGUUUGACUGGAUUUUUCUCCUCUAAUGUCAAAUGUUAUUAGUUUUAUUUGUUUGUAAUCUAGCUGAAGUCUAUCCUGGGUAAUAGUAGACUCUUUUCUUCAGAAUUCCAUUAACGUGACUUGAGCAUUUCCACAGUUUUGUUGAACUAUGACUGACGUCCACAGUGAUGACCUGAGAUGAUUGCAAAGUUCUAAAGUGCUUGUAUAGUCUCUUUGGCAUAGGGCUUCCCAGAUGGCGCUAGUGGUAAAAAACCAGCCUGCUAAUGCAGGAGACAGGAGAAACACAGGUUCAAUCCCUGGGUUGGGAAGAUCCCCUGGAGAAGGGCAUGACAACCCACUCUAGUAUUCUUGCCUGGAGAAUCCUAUGGACAGAAGGGCCUGGCAGUCUGCAGUCCAUGGGGUUGCAGAAUUGGACACGACUGAAGUGACUUAGCACACAGGCAGUGUUGAGUGCAAUUCAGUGCCUUCCACAUUUUUGAAAAUUGAUAAUCCAUGGAAGAUGCAUGGGUUGAUACCUCAGGUCAAAUAUAUGUUUACUCUGUUGA